UUUUGGGAAGACAGAUGAUCAGAUCUGAGAGAGCACCUGUAAGAUUGUCUCAUUGGAUCCUGGAUCUGUCCUAAUGGCUUUAAAGAAAUGGUGUCAGUGGUGUAACUGAAAAGUGAAUACUAAUAUUCACUACCUGGGACAUCCUGGAAGGACAAUGCAACAUAUUUCUCCAAAUGGUUGGGAGUCCAACCAUCCAUGUGUGCCCAUAAUAAAAAGCAGACAAACUUUAACAACAAUCCCCUUUUAUAACUUCCUAUUAUGGAUUAUUUUGGGAGUUCUGACCUUCCCUUGUUGUGUCCACUGCUUAAUAUUCAAAGUGGGGGUCUUGGGGCCUUGGAACUGCGACCCUAUCUACUACAGGGCCCUUCCUACAGCAGCUGCAAGGCUUGCUGUGAGCAGGAUAAAUGGAGACCUCAAUCUGGAUCUGGGUCUGAAAAUGGACUUUAUCAUCCUCCAGGAGCCUUGCGAAACCUCCAAAGCACUGGCCGCUUAUGUUUACUAUGAUAAAUCCGCGGACGCGUUUGUUGGCCCCACCAACCCAGGAUACUGCAUCGCUGCGUCUCUGUUGGCAAAGAACUGGGACAAGGCGCUCUUCUCCUUCAGCUGUGUCACCUACGAGCUGGACCGAAUCCCAGGAUACCCGACGUUUACGAGGACACUGCCAUUGUCUGUUGAUGUGCUGUUCACCGUGUUUAAACACUACAGGUGGGCCAGCUCUGUGGUGGUCUCAUCCAACGAAGAUAUGUGGAUAGACACCGCGGAGAGAGUGGCUACUGCUGUGAGGAGGAAGGGGCUUCCUGUCAGUCUUGUUACAGCUAUGGGUAUAAAUGAGACGGAGGUGGAGAGCACACUGAGGAAGAUUCAAAAUGUAGGAGAAAUAAAGGUAAUCAUUAUGUGUAUGCACUCCAUCCUUGUUGGGGGUGAGCAGCAGGCCAUUUUCCUUACAAAGGCACACAAGAUGGGUAUGACUGCAGGGAAGUAUGUGUUCGUACCCUAUGACACUCUCCACUACAGUCUUCCCUACACCAACGUCUCCUACUUCCCUCUACAAAACAACAGCAUCCUGAGGGAGGCCUAUGAUGCUGUGCUCACCAUCACUGUGGCCUCUGAGUCUCUGUCCUUUAACGAUGCAUUCACUGCAGCCAAGAGAAGCGAGGAAAUAACACUGUCCGUGCAGGCAGAGCAGGUUAACCCACUGUUUGGGACCAUCUACAACAGCAUAUACCUGUUGGCCAACUCCAUCCACAAUGCUCGGAAGGCAGGCAUGCGAUUAACGGGCUCUAACCUGGCCUACUUCACAAAGAACACAACCUUUAAUGGCUUCAACCAGAGAGUCCAGGUGGACAACAAUGGGGAUGUUAAGACCAACUAUGUCAUUCUGGACUCUGACAAGCAGGGGAGUCAGCUGUACCAGGCUUAUAUGGUCGACCUAAAAUCAGGAGUGCUUCGUUUCGCAGGAAGGUCCAUUCGUUUUCCAGCAGGAUCCCCUCCGUCGUCUGAUUCCAGCUGCUGGUUUGAAGAGAAUGUCAUCUGCACAGGAGGUGUGGAGGUGACCCACAUCAUAAUAGUGUUGGCUGUCAUCCUCAGUUUGGCUGUGGGAGGGCUCAUGAUAAUGAUUUACAUAAGGAGGAGACUUCAGCAAAUCCAACUAGUCAAAGGUCCUAAUCGGAUUCUCCUGAAUUUAGAGGAUCUCACAUUUAUCAAUCCUCAGCUAAGCAAAAAGAAAAUCACUUUGGAGGAUCUGAGUGAGUCCAGGAGUGCCCUGGAUGACAAAUCUGCAGACCCGUCACAUUCUAGCAUGCAGACGGCAACUCAUGAAAACUCCAAUGUGGCUGUAUAUGAGGGUGACUGGGUUUGGCUGAAAAAAUUUGAGGAGGGCCAAUUCAAAGAAGUGAAACAAAGCACCACAAAGAUUUUUACAAAGAUGAAGGACCUGAGAAAUGAGAAUGUAAAUCCUUUCCUUGGCUUCUUCUUGGACUGCUGCGUAUAUGCAGUGGUAACAGAGCACUGCUCACGGGGCAGCCUGCAGGACCUGCUGAGGAACGAAGAUGUUAAAUUAGACUGGAUGUUCAAGUCCUCACUUUUGCUCGAUCUCAUCAAGGGUAUGAAAUAUCUUCACCACAGAGAAUUCCCCCACGGCAGACUAAAAUCUCGAAACUGCGUAGUGGACGGGCGCUUUGUCCUCAAGAUUACCGACUACGGCUUUAAUGAGCUACUAGAGUCUCAAAAAGCACCUUUAGAGGAGCCCCCUACUGAAGAUCUGUUCUGGACAGCUCCAGAGCUCCUGCGAGAUCUUGCAAGUUCUCGUAAAGGAACAUUCAAGGCAGAUGUAUAUAGUUUUUCUAUUAUUCUUCAAGAGGUGGUGGUGAGGGGGCCUCCAUACUGUAUGCUGGAUUUAUCACCUGAAGAAAUUAUCCGUAAAGUGAAGAAGCCUCCCCCAAUGUGCCGUCCUACAGUGGCCCCGGAUCAGGCCCCUCUUGAAUGCAUCCAGCUCAUGAAGCAGUGUUGGAGUGAACAGCCUGAUCGCAGGCCAACCUUUGAGGAGAUCUUUGACAGGUUCAAGACAAUCAACAAGGGUAAGAAGACCAAUAUCAUUGACUCCAUGUUGAGGAUGCUUGAGCAGUACAGCUCCAACCUGGAGGAUCUCAUUAGGGAGAGAACAGAGGAGCUGGAGGUGGAAAAACAGAGAACAGAGAAGCUUCUGUCUGAGAUGCUUCCACCUUCUGUUGCUGAGGCCCUGAAGACCGGCGGCACAGUGCAACCAGAGUACUUUGAUCAGGUGACAAUCUACUUCAGUGACAUUGUGGGUUUCACCACCAUCUCCUCACUCAGUGAUCCCAUCGAGGUGGUCGAUCUCCUCAAUGACCUCUACACACUGUUUGAUGCCGUGCUCAGUAAUCACGAUGUCUACAAGGUGGAGACCAUUGGUGAUGCUUAUAUGGUAGCAUCAGGCCUGCCUAAAAGAAAUGGCAACAAGCACGCUGCUGAGAUUGCCAACAUGUCACUGAACAUCCUCAGCUCAGUGGGUUCCUUCCAUAUGCGGCACAUGCCAGAAGUGCCCGUCAGGAUACGAAUAGGAAUUCACUCAGGGCCCUGUGUUGCUGGGGUUGUAGGUCUGACCAUGCCUCGGUAUUGCCUUUUUGGAGACACCGUCAACACUGCCUCUCGUAUGGAAUCCACUGGACUGCCUUAUAGAAUCCAUGUAAAUCUUACCACUGUGAAGAUCCUCCGUUCUCUCAAUGAUGGUUAUAAAAUAGAUGUUCGAGGCAAAACAGAGCUGAAGGGUAAAGGUGUUGAAGAGACAUAUUGGCUUGUCGGAAAAAGCAACUUUGCAAAACCUUUGCCAAAACCACCAGAGAUUAAACCAGGGGACAACUGGCAAGAAAUGGUGACAGAAGAGAUCAAGACUCUUUUUCGCAAGGCCAACCGGCAGGUGGACAAAAAGCUUUGAAUGAGAGGAAAAGAAGGAGAUAUAUCAAAGAGGGAAAAAUAGAGGAGAGGAAGGAGCAUUGCAAGGGGAACGCGUCCAGAAAAGAAAGAGGCAAAGAGCUGGGAGGGUGGGGGGGCAGAGGACAGAUGAAACCACCAGCCUCUCUGUGUGGCUUAACGCAGACUUAUUUAAGAGGAUUGUUCAUCGCCUGGCUAAUCUGCCAGCAGCCAGCGCAGCAGAACACAACGGUGCUAAUGUAAUGAGAGUUGUCACAUUACCUGCCUACCUACCUGCUGAAGGUGUUCCCGCUCCUUAAUGAAGGAUGGACUCACUCUCUCCUCUCUACACUCACUGGCCACUGCGUGGUCAACUACUACAGGGCAACUAGAGGUUCACCCAUCUAAAGACUGAAAGCCCCAAACGCCUAUUUCAAAAUGAAAUUAUAUUUUUCUGUCAGUAAUGUCUCUUUAUAGGUAGCUGCUAGAGAUGCAGAGCCGAUGCUGUUACGUAGCUGUGGCUGCAUAUUAUUAAUAGCCAUCCAAAGCUGGAGGCAAAAGCUGCUAUUGUAUACACAGUAAGACAAAAAGGAACACAUGUCACUUUUAUUUUCUCAGUUUUAGUACAGAAGAUUACUGUCAAGCCCACUCUAGCAACUUUUCUCUAUGCUGUUAACUAUUAGUUUAUUAUAACAAAGGGGUGGCAGCUGUUGGAAAGAAAUGAAAGAACCAAAGGAAAAUUAUUUUUAUCCAUUUAUUUCUGUUACAGUCAGAGGAAACUUAACAGUGAGAGGGCUUCUCCAUGUUCAGCAAUAUUGUUCAAUUUACACAUUUUAUUGUAAAGCUUUAUGCGAGCACUUUAAUUCCCUAUUAAAUGAAAUUCAGUGUUGAAAUGUUAUAGGAAAUGUCUUUGGCUUUAUCUCAAAAUAAUGAUUUUGCAAAUAUUUGCAGUUGUACCUUUUUCAUUUCCAUUUAAACAACAUUUUACAACAACAAUUUACUCUCCAGUGGCAUGCUGUCUUUAUUUUCAUAUUUACGAAAAGCUAUCCAGACUGGUGGGUUGUACUUGUUCAGGUCAGUGGAGCUGACCAAUAAGAUAAUGAUGAUGAUCCUGCUGAAAAUGUUUAUCUUUAAAAAUCUAUUACAGAUCCUGGUGGCUCUAUAUACCUGCUUAUGAUUUACAUCAACCAAAAAGGCAAGACAUAAUUCCAGAAAACAUUAUUUCUUAUCUAGAAAUUUUAAUUUCUUGUUAAGACUUCAAGCCAGAUGUAUACAAUGUUAAAGGUUACUGUCUAUUGUUUAAUUUCAGGUAUUUGCUAAGAAGCAGUGGAUGAAAUUUUAUUAUACAGUCUUCUUUUUAGUAAAAAUAAAAAAAAAAAUGUAAAAAAAAAUUCAGAAAACUUGCUCCAUCUAGUUGUUUACAGAUGAUGAAGGUGAGAGAAUGCCAGGAAAAACUAAAUAAAACUGAUGCUUUACAAUAAAUAAAUAAAUAAAUAAAGCUGUUUGGUAGAGAUGUAUUUUUGUCUAUUGUACUUUUUGCCUAAGCCCUAAUUUUUAAAGUGAUUUAACAUCUUUCAGAAUAACUGCUUAACACUGAAACAAACAUUAGUCAUUUUUCUUUAAAGAUUUGGAAAUAUCACCUUAAAUCCCACGAUACUGGUCGCUUCAGGUGGAGUGCUUGGUGUAAAAACAACAGAGAAGUCUGUCAGAAACAUGUACACUGUGGAAUUCAUAUGAUGUUGUUUGUCUUG